GGCUUCUGCUGGAACCAGCAGGAUCAUCCAACGCGUGGAGCAGACGGGCAUCAGAUCCUUUCCUUCUCCUGGGUCAUCCUCCAUUUCCAGGGCGCAGUUUGGAGACGGCUGGCAUAGACUGGGUAGGAUGUGUCUUCCUUGACCAAGCAACUUCUUGAUAUCAACUUACAGGCCGCCCUUUUGCCCCAAUGGCCCCCAAGAAGAAAAGCUCCAAAAAGAGUAAGCCGGCGAAGAGAGAGACUGUUAAUGUCACCCUAGUCGAAGAUCCUUCUCUUGACAUUGACCACCAUCAUCAACUGGACAGCUUGUUUGAAAACGGUUCCGAUGGCUUCCUUUGCACUGCCACGGAAGUCACCAACCCAAGCCACGGAACCAACAUGCUGAUGGAGAUGAGUUCCCUGCAACAAGAGCACUUCCUUUGCGAUCUCACAAUUGCUACCAAAACCAAGUCGUUCAGAGUUCACAAAUUGGUGAUGUCCUCCUGCAGUGCCUAUUUCAAAAACCAGCUGAAAAAGGGCCCCAACCUUCAGCAAGUGGACCUCAAUGACAUCUCCUCCUUGGGCCUGGCCACUGUCAUCUCAUAUGCGUACACCGGAAAGUUGAGUCUUUCCUUGUAUACCAUUGGCAGCACCAUUUCCACUGCCAGCCACCUGCAGAUGUUUGCGCUGCUCAACAUGUGCUCCGAUUUCCUCAUCCAGGAGAUGAAUGUGGAAAACUGGAUGUACGUUGCCAACAUGGCAAACACAUACAAUCUCGGUCGGGUUAAAGACGCGGCCAGGAGGUUUAUCCGGGAACAUUUCCUAGAGUUCUCGGAAACUGAGCAGUUUUUGAAACUCACCUUUGAACAUUUGAACGAAUUGCUGAUGGACGAUCAUCUGGAGUUCCCUAGUGAGGUGAUGGUCUUCCAGAUUGCCAUGAAAUGGCUUGAGUUUGAUGCCAAGAGGAUCAAGUGUGGGGCAGAUCUCCUGAAGAACGUGCGGUUCGCCACGAUCCCAGCUCAUGACUUGAUCAAUUAUGUCCAGCCUGUUCCGUGUAUGAUGCAGAACCCAGAAUGUCACAAGCUUCUGGUAGAUGCGAUGAAUUACCAUUUGCUCCCUUAUCAGCAAAAUGAGCUUCAGUCCAGAAGAACAAAAAUUCGAGGCGGGCAGAAGGUGCUGCUUAUGGUGGGCGGGCGGCCAUGUUCUGCGGAGAAGGCCCUCAGCAAAGAUGUGAGCUACAGGGAUCAAGAAGGGAACUGGACUAAGCUGACCGAGAUGCCCACCAAAUGUUUCAACCAAUGUGUCGCCGUCAUGGAUAGCUUCCUUUACGUGGCAGGCGGUGAAGAUCAAAACGACGCCCGGAACCAAGCAAAACAUGCAAUUAGCAAUUUAUGCAGGUAUGAUCCGCGGUUCGGCACUUGGCUACACUUGUCUAACAUGACCCACAAGAGGACUCACUUCAGCCUCAGUGCUUUCAAUGGGCACCUCUACGCCGUCGGAGGCCGCAACGCCAAAGGCACCUUGGUCUCCAUCGAAUGCUACAUCCCUUCGGCCAACAGCUGGCAGCCCAAAGCCAACAUGGAGCUGCCACGCUGCUGCCACGCCAGCGUGGUCAUCGACGGGAAGAUCCUGCUGACCGGCGGCUAUGUGAACAACGCUUACUCCCGGACCGUCUGCAGCUACGACCCUGCCCUGGAUUCUUGGCGGGACUGUAGCUGGCUGAGCACCCCUCGAGGUUGGCACUGUGCUGCCACGUUGGCUGACCGGGCCUACGUUCUGGGGGGCAGCCAGCUGGGCCCCCGCGGGGAGAGGGUCGACGUCAUUCCAGUGGAGUGCUAUGACCCCUCCACCAAUCAGUGGAGCUUCAUGGCCCCCUUGACCACUGGCCUGAGCAUGGCGGGGGUGGCCACUCUCGGUGGGCAAAUUCUCCUCGUUGGGGGAUGGAACGAAAGUGGGAAAAAAUACCAGAAGACCAUUCACGCCUUCAACCCCGAUUUGAACGAAUGGACGGAGGAAGGGGAGCUUUUGGAAGGCACCGUGGGGGUCUCUUGCUGUACCAUUGCCCUUCCUCAGGCGAACACCCGCAGCUCCCGAGCUAGUUCGGUGGCCUCGGCCUCUGUGAGCAUGUAAACGGAGCAGUGGUUGAGCUGUGGGAAUUUGGCUUGCUGAAUCGGGGGCUUCGCAGGAAAGGUGACGGAUGCAAAGGGUUUGUUGAAGAGAGUUCUCAUUGCACAGGUUGUUGUGGGUUGUGGUUCACUUCCCAAUAAUAACACUUUUUUUUGAUGCUCGGAUUUACCUCUAGUCUAGACCAGUGGUUCUCAACCUGUGGGUCGGGACCUCAUUGGGGGUCGAACGACCAUUUCACGGGGGUCGCCAAACAACGCAGUCCGCCAUUUUUUCCCCCUUUUCCUUAGUUGUGCU